AUGCCAUUCCUCUCCACCAUAACACGACCAUUCCUCCACCAUGCCUACCAUACCCUCUUCCGAAAACUUACCACCCUCCCCUUUACGCUCACCCAACCCCAACUCAAUCCCCCCAAAUCCACCAAGCCAAUCCCCCCCUCCCCCCCGGAACUAACCCUCCAAAUAUCCUCCUACCUCCCCCUCCCAACCCGCAUCUGCCUCGCCCUAACCUGCAAAUCCCUCUACACCUUCUUCACCCCAGCCCUACAGGCACCCGAACUACAAUUACCGCGCCUCCCACUGCUUGGUCAGUCAAUGAUUGUACGAGAGUAUCUGUGCACUAGGACUUAUAAGGCGAGGAUGGCGCUGUUGGAGCUGUUGGAGGAUGUGAGGUGGGGGUGUUGUGCUGUUUGUAUGAAGUUGCAUCGGAGGGGGGAGUUUGGGGUUGCGGGUUUUGGUGGGAUUGGGGAUUGGGGAUUGGGGGUGAGGCGGGUGUUAGGAGGUGUUUUGCGGGAGCUGGGAUUUUGGAUGUUUGUCCGUGUGUUUCAUUGA